UGGCUGCUGCCUGGAGACAGCAGCUGCCUCAGUAGUUCGUUAGUUAGCAAAUGUGCUACAGGUCUUUUCGCUUUUAAGUGAACAACAUGUGAAUACUAUAGCUGUGCGUUAGCUUCAUGAAAAUGGACUCAUGACGUUUGGCAACAUGCUUUCAAUCCGAGUAGAUCGAAGAACAACGUAACACACUCAUUUCAAACCCGGAAGUGUGUUUCAGCUAGCAGCAUGCUAGUUUGUAGCAGCUAGCAACGUGCAAUAAAGCAAAUGUAUGUUUUAAUUGUGAAAUACUACUACUAAGGGCAAUAAGGCAAUCCCGCUCGGAAUGUUUGUAACUUAUUAAUGUUUGGAAAACGUGCAGUCGUUUUAGGUUUUCCACACAACUCAACAGUACAAGCUAUAUAGCUACAUAACAACCUAGACACAUAGCUUGAUUAGCUAGCUAAUUACCUAGCAAUGAAUCAUUGUUGUAUUAACUAAUAGUUAGCUGGCUUCGUAGCGCUGCACACACUGACGAGUCAAAUCCAGAGAAGCCCACGGAAAUCAGAUCAAUGACAAUUACACUGUUGCUGUCCUUGAUUGUUACAGCCCCCAGACACAAUGAGUGCCAAAUUUGGCCUGAUGAACUACAACAACACCCGGAAACAUUUGUCUAUCUCCAUCCCAUCCUCCAGCGAGGUCAUGAUGUCUCCACACAUUAAGUCUGUGGAAGAGCUGAGAGUGCUCGGUAUAAACCUGAGCAGCUUCAACACAGCCACCCAGUUCUGCAUCUGCACAGCGGGCAUCUUCCUCUUUUACCUUGUCUAUGGGUACCUGCAGGAGCUCAUAUUUUCUGUGGAGGGCUUCAAGCCCUUUGGAUGGUACCUCACCCUGGUACAGUUUGGGUUCUACUCCCUGUUUGGUCUGGUGGAACUGCAACUCACACAGGACAAACGAAGAAGAAUACCAUGGAAGACAUACAUGAUCAUUGCCUUUUUGACGGUUGGGACCAUGGGUCUGUCCAACACCUCAUUGGGUUACCUGAAUUACCCCACACAGGUCAUCUUCAAGUGCUGCAAACUCAUUCCUGUCAUGAUAGGAGGAGUGUUUAUUCAAGGGAAACGCUACAAUCUGGUGGACGUGUCUGCUGCUCUCUGUAUGAGUCUGGGACUCAUCUGGUUCACGCUAGCUGACAGUAAAGUUGCACCCAACUUCAAUGUGACAGGGGUCAUCCUCAUCUCUCUGGCUUUGUGUGCUGAUGCCGCCAUUGGGAAUGUGCAGGAGAAAGCCAUGAAGCUCCACAAUGGCUCCAACUCUGAAAUGGUUUUGUACUCCUAUUCCAUCGGCUUUGGGUACCUUUUGACAGGUCUGUUAGGUGUGGGAGGAUUGGGGCCCGCAGUGGCCUUUUGUUCUCAGCAUCCCGUGACAACGUAUGGUUAUGCCUUCUUCUUCUCUCUCACGGGGUACUUUGGGAUUUCAUUUGUUCUGGCCUUGAUCAAACUCUUCGGAGCCCUGGUUGCAGUCACAGUUACUACCGGACGUAAAGCUAUGACGAUUAUUCUAUCCUUCAUGUUCUUCUCCAAGCCUUUUACUUUCCAGUACAUAUGGGGUGGCCUUUUAGUGCUGUUGGGCAUCUUCCUGAAUGUUUACAGCAAAAACAAGGACAAAAUGAAGCUGCCAUCUUUGGCAGAACUCAGGAGCAUGGUUCUGACUGGGAAGAAAGUCAGGCUGCUAUCCCAGAAUGUGUAGUAUGUGAUAAACACACGUUUCACUAACGUACCUAUCUAACAUGGACCCUAUCCUGGAAGGGCCCCAAAGCAUUUUCAAGGCCAUUUACAGAGACCCUCACAGAAGGACCCACACAUUCCCAGGAGGAGAGACUCUGAAACGGAACCUGGUGCCGUAGCUAACCCAAAUAGCAGUUUUAAACUGCAAGGGACUGAAUGACUUCAGCCUGAGCCACAUGAAGCAGGAAUCAAUGGUUGGAAGAGGAACUAUAGACUUGUGUUAAACUGAUCAUGUCUGAAACUGAAUGUGUACCAAAAAAUAUAUAUUGAGUGGCAUAUUUUCACCUGCAUGUGCCAGAAAUGAAAAGAAACAAUCUGUCACUGUCUGAGAAAAUCUUGUGGUUUCUAUGUAAUUUAUAAUCAGUUGCACAUAAGACAGUGGGGCCACUCAGUAACACGUUGAAGUGCAGGACGAUAUAUGCUCUGAACUGUAUCAGUGUGUCAACUGCCAUAUUUGUGUACCAUUUGUUUUAGUGAAAGGGUAGUUCCUUUUACAUUAAAAACAAACUGGGAAGUUUA